AUGGAGGUGAGAGUUGAGUCGCCGGAUAACGGUAAAGUGGCCGGAAUAGCAAUGGAUUUUCCGGCGAGUGACGAUGCGAUGUCGUCUUCGCCCUCUAGAUUGCCGCGGAGGCUUCUUCGGAGGCUUUCGGAGACCAAAACGAAGUCACCGUCAAGUGUUGAAGAAAUCGAAGCCAAGCUUCGUGACGCGGAUCUUCGUAGACAGAAAUUCUAUGAGCACUUGUCCAGUAAGGCCCGGCCGAAGCCAAGGAGCCCCUCACAAUCUUCAUCUCAGGAAGAAGACCUUGGUCAGCGUCUUGAGGCAAAGCUUCAAGCUGCUGAACAAAAAAGGUUGAGCAUUCUGGCAAAGGCUCAGUUGCGCCUAGCUAAGUUGGAUGAGUUGCGGCAAGCAGCAAAAACUGGGGUAGAAAUGCGUUUUAAGAAGGAACGUGCAGAGCUCAGUACGAAAGUGGAAUAUCGAGUUCAGCAGGCGGAGGCUAAUAGAAUGCGUAUCCUUAAGGCUUACAGGCAGCGGAGGGCCAAAGUAAAGGAGAGGACAUCUCAAUCAAUAGUAAGACGGAUGGCUCGAGAGAGCAGGUACAAGGAGCGCGUGCGUGCUGCAAUUUCCCAAAAGCGUGCAGCCGCUGAGAAAAAGAGAUUGGGAUUGCUGGAAGCAGAGAAGAAAAGGGCACGCGCUAGGGUGUUGCAGGUGCGAAAGGUAGCCAAGUCUGUCUAUCACCAGCGAGAGAUCGAGAGGAGGAGAAUGAAAGAGAAGUUGGAAGACAGACUACAAAGGGCAAGAAAGCAGAGAGCAGAAUAUCUGAUGCAGAGGGGAAGGUUGCCUAAUUAUGUUCGUGCUCCUUGGAGUAAGAUGCACGAGAAGGCGGACCUUCUUUGCAGAAAAUUAGCAAGGUGUUGGAGACAGUUCCUUAAACUGGGGAGAACUACCUUAGAUUUGGCAAAAGCUUAUGAUGCUCUGAAUAUUAAUGGGAGGUUUGUGAAGACAAUGCCAUUUGAGCAGCUUGCUUUUCGGAUUGAAUCAACUGCUGCUCUUCAGACUGCAAAAGCUUUAUUAGACCGCCUUGAGAUCCGCUAUAGACUGUCACGGGCUGUUGCUGCUACCACUAAUCCUCCUUCUUGGGAUGACAUAGAUCACCUUCUCAAGCGAGUUGCUUCCCCAAAUAGGAGGGCUACACCCAGGAAAUCUUCCCAUGGCAGAAACUUAAAGAAAUCAGGGUCCCUCAGGGAAGCGGCCAAAACUCCGGUUAAAUUGCCGAGGUACCAGGUGAGAGUUGUGCUUUGUGCUUACAUGAUACUGGGUCAUCCCGAUGCAGUUUUCAGUGGUCAAGGAGAGCGCGAGUUUUCUCUUGUAAAGUCUGCUGAGCAGUUUGUUCAAGAGUUUGAGUUAUUGAUCAAGAUAAUAUUAGAUGGACCCAUACUGAGUUCUGAUGAAGAGUCUGACCCUGCAUUGACCAAUCAGCGGACCUUUAGGUCUCAGCUUGCUGCUUUUGAUGCAGCAUGGUGUUCCUUUUUGAAUAGUUUUGUGGUGUGGAAGGUUAAGGAUGCUCGGUCACUAGAGGAAGACUUGGUUAGAGCCGCUUGCCAGCUUGAACUAUCUAUGAUUCAAAAGUGCAAGCUGACCACCCCAGAGGGAGAUAGUGGUCCCCUUACUCAUGAUAUGAAGGCUAUCCAGAAGCAGGUCAUGGAAGAUAAGAAACUUCUGAGGGAGAAAGUGCAUCAUUUGAGUGGAGAUGCUGGGAUUGAACGCAUGGAAUAUGCUCUUUCAGACACCCGAACUAAAUACUUUGAGGCAAGGGAGAAUGGAAGCCCAGUGGCAUCGCCGAUCAGACACGUCUUAUCUGCCAGCCUACCUAGUUCCCCAGCUUCCCCUACUGCUGUUGCUGGCUCAGAUAAAAGUAGUACUGGAAUUGAGGGUAGCGAGAGGACAACCAGCCGUGUAGUUCGCUCGUUAUUUAGAGAUGAAGCUUCUUUCCCACUCAAAGAAGCUGCUUCGUCUUCUACUAGCAGCAGCCAGUACCAAUAUUUUGGUGAGAAGUUGGAAAUGGAGAAUGAAUUAAUUGUGAAUGAAUUUGUUCAUGGGCGGGGCCCUAUGUUAUUUGAUGGCUUUAAUGAUGCUGAAGAAGAUCAGAACAAUAUUAAGGCAAGGGUAAGGGAAACAAUGGAGCAGGCUUUCUGGGAUGGCGUCAUAGAAUCCAUGAAACAGGAUGAACCGAACUAUGGCCGCGUUGUUGAACUUUUGAGGGAAGUGAGGGACGAAAUUUGUGAGAUGGCUCCUCAAAGCUGGAAAAAAGAAAUUAUUGAAGCUAUUGAUCUGGACAUUCUUUCUCAGGUGCUGAAUUUGGGUACACUGGACAUGGAUUAUCUUGGAAGGAUUCUGGAGUUUUCACUGGUUACGUUGCAGAAGCUCUCCGCUCCAGCUAACGAGGAUGCACUAAAGGCAGAUUAUCAGAAAUUAUUGAAAGAACUAACCGAGAUAUGUCAGGCUAGAGAUAGCUUGGAUAAAACAAAUGUCAUCGCAUUGAUCAAAGGGUUGCGCUUUGUGUUAGAGCAGAUUCAGGCACUCAAGCAAGAAAUUAGCAAAGCCCGCAUGAAAAUGUUGGAACCAUUAUUGAAGGGUCCUGCUGGCUUGGAUUAUUUGAAAAAAUCUUUUGCCCACCGUUAUGGACCUCCCUCUGCUGGCUUGACUGCUCUACCUCUGACAAUGCAGUGGCUUUCAUCUGUGAGUGAUAUUAAAGACCAGGAAUGGAAUGAACACGUGAAUGCACUCUUAAAGUUGACACAGAGACAGGAAAGUUUACCUGAGCGACUUCUUCCUUCCACCACCCUUAGAACUGGCGGAAGUGUCUUGACCAAAAUGAGUGAAAGCCAACCAAGCCCAUCAGUUCAAGGAGUAGAUAAUCAACAUCCGCAAUGCACAGGAGAAAACGUUGAUUUGUUGGUGAGGCUUGGCUUAUUGAAGUUGGUGAGGGGCGUAUCUGGUCUGACGCAAGGAUUGUUGCCUGAAACUCUGAAGCUCAACCUCUGUAGGUUAAGGGAUGUUCAGGCCCAACUUCAGAAGAUCAUUGUAAUUGCCACCAGCAUUCUAGUUCUGAGGCAGACUCUUAUCAGUGAACAAAAGGUAGGCAGCCUUGCAGUGAUGGAAAGCAUGGUAUUGACCUGUGCCAAACAACUGUCCGAGCUCCUUGACACUGUUGAGGAUGCGGGUAUGAAGGAGAUCAUGGAGAUACUCAGCAAAGUGACAGAACAUGUCGACAAACCCAUGGAUCCCGUGAAACUUCAGUCAAGGAAGGAUGUUAUGUCCAGAAUGUUAGCAAAGAGCUUGCAAGCUGGGGAUGCUGUUUUCACUCGGGUGUCCCAUGCAAUAUAUUUGGCUCUAAGAGGAGUGGUACUUGGGGGUACUGGGACAGAUGGAAGAGAAUUGGCGGAGAUGUCACUGCGGCAGGUGGGGGCAGUCAUUCUAAUGGAUCGUGUGGUGGAAGCUGCAACAGUAUUGUUGGUGGCAGCUACCGUGUCGAGUGGUGUUCAUGGGCCGUGGUAUGCACAGUUGAUAGAAAACAUGUGAAGGAAGGACAAUGCUGUUAUUCUUGGUUCUUUGGGUACAGUGUAUAUGGUAGGUAGGGGACUGUAUCGUGUAAUAAUCACUCAUGAAUAAAGUAGAAAUUGUAAAUAAUUAUUGAUUUUAUGUAAUAAAAGGAUUAUUUUCUGUUGGGAUUCAGUUUCCUUGUUUGCAUUGCAUUUUGGUAACAACCAGGAUAAAGU